CGCAGUCUUGUUGUGUACAACGCCAACAUCCGUGCAACGGUGACGACAGCGGAGAUGAUGGGCGUAUACGCGAGCGGGUCUCGAUACCACCGGAUUUCACAUUGGCCUCUUCAUGAAUUAUCUCGGUUUCGGCGCCCCACACAAUGAAGAAGAGGCUGUCCACGGCAUUGCUUCCGAGUGGCCUGUCGUUUGGGAUAUGAAAAACAUGAAGGCCAGAAUCCCUUUAUCUCCUGAAGGCAACAUCCCACGCCUUUCGCUCACUGAGAUCAGUGAUGUCGGCCGCUUUACCGCUGCAGGGUGCCCGUUGCCGAAUGGCGCCUGGAAACAGGAGCUCAACUUCGUAGCCGACACAAUUCGAAUGGACGAGGUUGUCAGAAUUAUCGAGAAAGUGCGAGGACAGAAGAUGGAGGUUACUUAUCGUCCCUAUGAGCAGAUUGUAGAGGAGGCGGCGAAGGAAACGGUGGACUGGCCGAACAAGUUUUGGCUCCAGGUUGAGACUGUGCACGCGCUAGACCAGGUGGGGAAUGGGGUCGUGGAACCCGUACACAAUGAUUUGGUGCCUCAGGUCAAACCAAUAUCUGUUGAGGAAUAUUUGAGGAAGUUCUGGUCACUAUAG